AUGAGGUCUUCUUUAAAAAAAGCAAAGCCAAAAAUCAUUCAAACUAGCGACAAUGAAGAAGAAGAAGAAAAAGGCAGUGAUAUGGCUAUGAGUCUUUCAAAUCAAAAACCAUCCAUCAGGAAGUCCAAGAAAAGGCCGCUCGCGAAAGGAGUCAAGCCAAUCGACUUACAAGAUGAGGAACUCAAUGAAGGCCUUACAGAAAAUGAGAAAGGAACACCAUUACCUAGAGUGAAAAAGCCGAAUCCUAUCGCGACGACACACGAUUUAAUAUCCAGAAGAAGAGAGGAAUUAAAUUCAUCCAGUGGAUAUACCGAAAGCUAUGUUAAUGAAUUAAAAUCGAAGAGUCGGCAAACUCCAGUUCAGUAUACCGAUCAAGGGCAGCUUAGAAAAGAGGAGCCCUUAAACAAAAAUCAAGAGAGCGCUAGCUCACGUAUGCUAAAUCAAGGAAUUUCUGAGGCUUCAAUGAUACAAGAAUUAAGAGACCGCAAAGAACGACAGAGAAAUAUUGGAAUGAUGGACGAUAAUUAUAUUGCUUUGGACACCGGUCAGCAGGUGUACCUUCCUGGAAAAACCGGUAACGAAGAUCGACUACUGCAACAUGAAGAUGAAGUGGAGGACGAGGGUUAUAAUGGGUACAACACGUUUGUGGAAGAUGAAAAGAGUCUUCGAGAACUACAUCGGUAUAGUCCAGAGACGUUACGAAAAAGAUCUAUUCAAAAUGCGCUCGAAGAAAACGAUAAAUCCAUGGAUGAGGGCGAGGACAUUACUAUGACUGAUCCCAUUCAUGCAUGGGAGCAAGCUCAGAUUCAAAAAGGAGCAUUUGCAGAUCCUUCUAGCUUAGCCCAGCUCCCUCCUAGGUUUCCAAAUAUACUUACUAUUGAAGAACAAAAACAACGAUUGAAAGAAGCUGUGGCUUCUGAGAAACUUCAACAAGAAGAACGUGCAGAAAUUAUGAAGGGCUUACUCGACCAAGAGAAUGAGAUUCUACAAGCGGAAGAAAGAAUUCAACAAUCUUUUAUGGAGCUAAAUAGUCGUAUGCUUGAAAAUAUGCAAUCUGCUACCUCUUCUUCCUCUUAA